GAAAUAUAAAGCAUGAAAGAAUCAUACAAAAAAGUUAACAUAUAGGGGGCUUGCGUGAGGUAUUAAACCUUUCCGGUAGGAGAAAUCUCGGAAGGUGAUAUUGAUUAAAGAACUUCAUCAGAGUAACGCCUGCAUUUGUAUGAAUCAGAAAGUAGAAAAACCGACACUAUCAGGUCAACGCAUCAAAACUAGAAAAAGAGAUGAAAAAGAGAAAUACGAUCCUUCAGGAUUUCGAGAUGCAAUUCUACAAGGUCUUAAUGAGGCUGGACCUAACUUAGAUGCUGUUUAUAAAUUCCUGGAUACUGCUGGAUCUAAACUUGAUUACAGGCGUUACGGAGAAGUUCUUUUUGAUAUAUUACUGGCUGGGGGCCAUCUAGCACCGGGUGGCACUAUUGUUGAUGAUGUUGAUACAAGUAAACCAUUACGUACAGAUGUCUGUGUAUUCUCAGCAGAAAACAACUUGGAGUCUCUGAAAGGUUAUGCCCAGCUCAUUACAAAAUUGAUUCGACGGUACAAGUAUCUGGAAAAGACACUAGAGGAUGAAUUCAAGAAGGUGCUUGUCUUCCUGAAAGCCUUUUCUCCUAGUGAGAGAACUAAACUCGCUACAGUUACAUCCAUUUUGAUUGGUAGUGGUCUUGUUCCCAGUGUUGCACUGACUAGUUGUCUGCAAGAUCACCUAAUAAAAGAUGGUAUUGCCCUGGAAUUUUUACUGGAUUUUUUUAAGACCUGGUUAAUGGAGAAAGAUGCUCCCACUCUAUGGACAGCACUUCGUAAAGCUGGACUAGAGAUAAGACUUAUGGAGUUUUUUCCGACCAGCCGUAGGACACCAGAGAUAUUUUCAGAAACUUUUAAGAAUCAUGGUAUGAGCUCACUCCUUGAGUAUCUGAAAGUCCAUCAGAGUAGUUCUGUAAAGAAAGACCUACAACAACAGGUUGCCCCUCUUCUGAAGAGUGAUGCUCCGUUGAAGGAGAUUUUGUUAUUAUUGAAAGAUUACCAGAACAAACACAGUCUACUUGAAAAUGAAUUAGCAGUCUUGGUGUGGAAAACAUUGAUGGCUGCUGUUGAAUGGAACAAGAAAGAAGAAUUGGUUGCUGAGCAAGCCUUGAAACAUCUAAAGAAGUACAGUGCUCUGCUGGCAGCUUUCACCCAAGGUGCCAAAGCAGAGCUUGCAUUGCUCCUCAAGAUCCAAGAGUACUGUUACGAUAAUAUGAACUUUAUGAAGGUUUUUAGAAAGAUCGUUGUUGUUCUUUACAAAACUGAUGUUUUGAGUGAGGAUGUCAUUUUGAAGUGGUACAAAGAAGCCCACUCCUCCAAGGGCAAAACAGUCUUUUUAGAACAGAUGAAGAAGUUUGUGGAGUGGCUUCACAAUGCGGAAGAAGAAUCUGAAGAGGAAGACUAAAAGUAGUUCAUCUCUGUGAUCAUGACAUUUUCUUGCCUCAAUCUUCACUCCUACUACCACCAGGGGGUUCAGACCACCUAUUUAAACAAAAACACACUUGGUAACCAGGUUGUGUUUUUCUGUAUUUAAAUGAAAGGAGCAGUUUUUCUGCAGUUUUUAUGUUAGAUUUUGAAACUAUAUGUGUCUGGAAAUCUAAAAUAGUUUUAUGCUUUUAAUACUGUUUAAAAAUGAAAUUUGUAUCAACAAAAUAUUUUUAUAAGGUGGCUCUGAACAUAUUACUGGUUCAUCAGUAAACAGUUAAAUUACAUUUUUUGUCUAUUAUGUUGAAGAACUCAUGGAGCAAUUAAUAAUGAAUAAAAUCUGAGGUGAGAUCUAAAUAAAAUGUGAAAAAUA